AUGCCACCAAAAGCAUCAAAAUCGAAAGAAGCACCAGCCGAGAGGCCGAUUCUCGGUCGAUUCUCUUCUCACCUCAAGAUCGGCAUUGUUGGAUUGCCGAAUGUAGGGAAAUCGACUUUGUUUAAUACGCUGACGAAGAUGUCAAUACCGGCUGAGAAUUUCCCAUUUUGCACCAUUGAGCCUAAUGAGGCUAGGGUUAAUAUUCCUGAUGAGAGAUUCGAGUGGCUCUGUCAGUUGUUCAAGCCGAAAAGCGAGGUUUCAGCAUUCUUGGAAAUUCAUGAUAUUGCUGGAUUGGUUAGAGGUGCACAUGCAGGUCAAGGGUUGGGAAACAGUUUCUUAUCGCACAUUCGUGCUGUUGAUGGCAUUUUUCAUGUUUUGCGAGCAUUUGAGGAUCCAGAAAUCAUUCAUGUUGAUGACAUUGUGGAUCCAGUUAGAGAUCUCGAUGUUAUUAGUGAAGAGCUCCGACUGAAGGAUAUUGAGUUCAUAGAAAGGAGGAUAGAGGAUGUUGAAAAGAGCAUGAAGAGGAGCAAUGAUAAGCAGUUGAAAAUAGAGCUGGAGAUGUGUCAAAGGGUCAAGGCAUGGCUUGAAGAUGGGAAAGAUGUUCGUUUGGGAGAGUGGAAAGCUGCUGAUAUUGAGAUAUUGAAUACUUUUCAGUUGCUUACUGCCAAGCCUGUUGUUUACCUGGUUAACAUGAACGAAAGGGAUUACCAAAGAAAAAAGAACAAGUUUUUGCCCAAGAUUCACGCAUGGGUGCAGGAACAUGGGGGUGAACCCAUUAUUCCUUUCAGCUGCGUCUUAGAGAGAAAUCUUGCUGAUAUGCUACCUAAUGAAGUGGAAAAGUAUUGUGAGGAGAACAAGGUACAAAGUGCCCUUCCAAAGAUAAUAAAGACUGGAUUUUCAGCUAUUAAUCUCAUAUACUUUUUCACUGCUGGCCCUGACGAGGUAAAGGAUGUGAAAUGUUGGCAAAUCAGACGACAGACAAAGGCACCUCAAGCUGCAGGGGUGAUCCAUACUGAUUUUGAGAGAGGGUUUAUAUGUGCUGAGGUCAUGAAAUUCGAAGAUCUAAAGGAGCUUGGUAGUGAGGCAGCUGUAAAGGCUGCUGGAAAGUAUAAGCAGGAGGGAAAGACAUAUGUAGUCCAAGAUGGAGACAUAAUAUUCUUCAAGUUCAAUGUGUCUGGGGGUGGAAAGAAGAGGGGAAGACAUGUUGUCCAAGAUGGAGACAUAAUAUUCUUCAAGCUCAAUGUGUCUGGGAUGGAAAGAUAUGAGAGCAUAUGUGCAUCGAGCAAUGAAAUGAAGUGA